CACCCUACCCCAGCCUCUGCCCUGUGUCUCACACUCGCACCGGUCGGUCGACCAACCAUUUGACUUGACACUUAAGGAACAAAAUAGUUCUAUUUGAUGGUUAAAUGGAAAAUAACAGCUGUUUCACCGAUCAGUUGUAAUUUUUGAUCCGAAAUAUGCUAUGUGGAGCUCCAAGUUAGCAGCACCACCUACAGGCUCUUCAGCUCGGGCUGAAAUUAAUUCCAAACAGGCUGCCUCAUCCCCCCAAACACACCCGAUACCAGUUUUGGAUGAUGGCACAUUAGAAUUGGAUUUAAGUAGGCACAAUUAUGCUGAGCGGAUUGCUCCAGCUCCACUUCAGUUUAGUGGUUUUCCCCAAUCAAUGGACCAGAAAGUUGACAUACAUUCAAGAAAUGAAACUGUACGGGUUUAUGUUAGUCAGCAAGGUCACACUGUCAAACUAGCCCACUUGCAAGCUCCACCAUCAUCUUACCCUGUCUUGUCAAGAGUUUCUAAAGGACUUGUGAAUAGUGAUGAAAGAAAACAUGCAAAGAGUAUGCCUGUGAAUACAACUACAACCUUUCAUCAAAGACCAAGGAAGACCGCUAUGAACAACAUCCAGCCUGUGGCAAAUGAGCUGGAAAAGUUUCAACCAAUUGCAGAUUCAGAACAAUGCAGCACAAAGAGUGCAGAUUUAGGAUCUGAAAUCAAAGCUAAGUCAUGCAAGAUGAAUGUGGCAAAAUGUAGACCUCUUAAAUUGAUACCACAGACUCAGCAAAAGAACCACCUAAAUUCUAUAGAUAAUCCGGACCUGACUGUUUCUGAGGGGCACAACAAAGGCUGCAAACACACUGAAAGCUUGAAUCAAACUUCUGGUGUUAAAGAAGAACUGAAUAGUGGCCUGAAAAAAAUAAUGUCAGAUUUAGCAGCCUUAGAUCUUCCAGCAUUAAGUCAUAAUCCCUUUCAAACACAGAGUGAUAAGGUGAAUCCGAAGCAAAUUCUGCCCGUAGAGAGGAACUUCAUGGAUAGUGAUCAUUGUAAAGAAAAUGACUCUCCUUUCAAACUUACUCAAGCUGGUCAAAAUGAAACCAAUGACUAUGAACUGAAAAAAGAAACAUGGUCUGCAAAAGCAUUACCAUCAUUUAGAAAUAGCAAAGGACUCAACAAUAUGAAGACCAGCAAGUUUGAUUCUAUGAGAAGCAGCUCUUCAAGUUUAAAUAGUGGACUAAAAGCAUCAUCCAGAGUUGAGUCAAAUGAUGAUAAGGCUUGCAAACACCAUGAGAAACGGAAAAGCUAUGACCCUGAGAAAGCAAGAGAGUACAUACGGCAGCAGAAACAAGAGCGGUUAAGCCGUCUGAGAGCUGAACGUGAACAACAACAAGCUGACAUGCAUGCUAGAAAACAGAAGCUGGAUGAACUUAGCAGAACCUCUCUUAAACUUGUGAAAGCUAGUGUCAAACGUAAACUUAGUCAACCUAAUAGUAAGCUUACUGAGGAUCAAUCAGUUGAGCAUGAAGAAGAUUGCAGUAGUACUAAACCAAUGAAGAUAUUGGCUGAUGAAACUUUUGAUGCUCAUAUCAAAGAUUGUGAUUCACAAACUGAACCUCACAAUCCCUCUUCAAAUAUUAUGAAUCAGUAUUCCAUUUCAGACCUUCCCCUUUCCCUAGAUGACUCAAAUGCUCAGCUCAUAAAAGACAUUUGUGAGAUGAAGUCUAAAAUUGAAGCCAUGGCCAAGUCUUUGAAGACAACAAUUGAAGCCAAUCGCAUGAACUCUGCAAUCAACAACAAUGGGAGAAAUUGUGGGUCAGGAGAAGAUAGUAAAUUUAAAAGUGCAGCUGACCACUCUAUGGAAAGAAACAAUACUAAAGGUGUCAAUCUUAACUCUAAAAGACAGGUGGAAAUGAACUCCCAAUCCCCUUACCUUCAAAGUCUUACAUCUAAUUUGAGAAAAAUGAGAGAAUCAUUACAGAGUGUGCUGAGUCAAAGUGAUGUUAAUCCACAAGAACCUUCUUUUAAAUCAACGAAAAGUACAACCCAUUCAGCUCAUCACAGACAUAGGCGUAUUUUAAACACUGGUUCAGAUUCUGCCUUUGAAACAGUACUACAAAACUCUAGUAGCAUCAGAGGACCCCCUCUUGAUGGUCCACUUUCAUGUAAUCUUCAAAGAAAAACUAUAACAACAAGUUUUCCUACUCUUCCCACUGCUGAAUCACAAAGUUUGGCUUUUGACCAAAAAUAUGACCGCAGGAGAAAUUCUGAAUCUGAGUCCUAUCCCCGACCCUCCACUCCUAAAGCAUUGACUAACUCAACUCUAACGUCAGCUGCACUUAAACCAGCUGAUCUUGUGAAAAAUGUUGAAAGACAUCAUAGCAAUGGCAAUAAGGAACAGUGCUCUGACUGGUUUGAACCUCUUACAUCAAGGCCCUACCCUAUUAACUUUAUAACUGCAGUCAAACGCAAGUUAAGUGCCUCUGUUAAGACAGAUGACUCUGAAAAUCUUCUGUCUCAUUUGGAUUCAACUCACAAUGUCAACUCUCAAGAACUUCAUUCUAUUCAGAAACCUCUUAACUACCAACCGCUAAAAGUAAACUCCAAUCUUCCUCCAUUUGUAACCUCAAGGCGCAGUAUGGGGCCUACCAUUCCAUGGUUAGCAGCAACCCAUCAAGAUGAAGUAGAAUCACCUCUGCCUACGACCAACCGUGUCAUAGAAGAUCAACCUGUACAGAGACAGACUUUAGACAGUCAAUCAUGUGACAGGAUAACAGUUCAGAGGACAUCUAUUUUAGAUGCAUUAAAUUUGGAAAAGAUGCAGGCAGAAUUUGCUAGAGCUUUAAACCCCACGGCUAUGAAUAGCUGUGACAUCACACCUGCUGAGAAACCUCUUUCUGCUCCCAAUACUCCAGCAAAGACGUCAUUAAAAUUAGAAAGACCUUCCUCUCUAGGACGAACCGGCAGACUUAAUUUUGAACAGAGGCAGAGGCCAUUAAUUGACAAUAAAGUUGGAUCUUUUGAUAAAUUAGCAAAUGGUGAGUCUAAACUAAAAGGAACUGCAAAUAAUGAAGUUAAUAGUGAACUUGUCCCACCGGAUGUUCACUUGGCUUCCAGCCGAUUAGAAAGAAAGCCAGGAAGUAUUGAUAGCUGGGUGUCCCAUUCAAGAGGCAGUGGAGACUUUGCUAUUAGUCAUCAAGAAAAGAGUGUGUCGUCUGUUCAAUCAUCAUCUUCAUCUCGAGACACAUUUGAUAUUGGCCAUGUUUUCAAUCCAACUGCAUUACACCUCCAGUUUCAAGCAGAACUUAAUAUUCUAGACUCUUUCAACGAAUCACUGUGUCAAGUAAUGGAAGUUGAGAAAGUUCGUGCUGUUGCCUUGGCACGUCAUGAAGCAGUGUCUGAAAUUAAGUCUGCAGUAGUUGGCAAGGAAGAUAAAGCUAUUGAUAUUCAAACGAGUCUUUUGAAAUCAAACUCUGAAAUUUCCACAAUAAAUUAUCACAGAGGCUCUAGCAACACUAAUGAUAUUACACUCCUCGAUGUUCUCACACCUGACAGCGAUGGAAAAAUAAACACCUCCACAUUGCCUUCCCUUAAAGAUGGUCUUGUCUCACCUUGCUCUACCGCGGCUUCAGAUAUUAUUGGGUCAUUUUCCAAAGAGAAGAUUUCAGACUCUGGUCCGUCUACAGUUACUGUUGAUGAUAAAAAUUCACCUGUUUGUGUCGAAUCAGUCAACUCAGGGGACAAAAGUAUUUCUGAGGAUGUCCUUACCACGUCAGAUUCAGUGCCUGAGGUAAUGUCUCCAAAACCUGAAGCUGGUCCAUCUAGUGACAGUAUUCCAAAGGAGGAUAAGCCUCAAGAUGUUUCAAGUAGUGAAAUACAAGAUGUAUUGAAUAGUCCUAAAUCUCAAAACCAACAAUCUACUACCCCUCAAUUUGAGAGGUCUUUUUCUGUCGAUCUAUCAGUCAACUCCAUUAAGGGUGAUUCCACUUUCACAGGUGAUGAUGCCCUUAUUAUUGAGUCCCCUAAAGUUGGUGAGAAUCAUGUCUUCCCAACCAUUGUUUCGGGAGAAGACAUGUUCCAGUUUAAUUUACAAAUGCUGGAACAGCUAAUGCAUGAAGAAGAACUGAGGGUUCAGCAUAGAACAACUUUAAUGAAAUUAAGAGUGAAAGUUCUUGGUGAAAUGGCAAGAACUGAGGUAGCAGCCCUAGAUUUGGACAAGAAGAAAUUAAGAGAAAAGGGGGAAGAUGGUCAUAAAGAUCAAAUGACAGCAUUAAGGAAAAAGCAGAGAGGUAUUAUGCUGAGAUACCAGCAACAACGAGAGGACAUAGAAAGACUUCGACAGACAGAAGAAUUGGCAUGGCAGGAAAGACGUCUCAUGUAUCUCCAACAGAUGCACCUAAUCCGCAUGCAAAUUUCUACUCAUGUGAUGCUUCAUAAAUUUGAAAAAUGUGGGAGCAGUAUUUCAAAGAAGAAUCGAAUGGCAGUCAAAAGUAUUCAAGAUAUUCGAGGUAGCAGAAAUACUCAUAAAAGCUUACCUCCUGAAGUUACUAGUAUUGCUGAGGAACUGCCAGCAGUGAGUUUAGUAGUGACUCAGUCCAGUUCUGUCUCAAUGGCGUCACUUGCAAGUGAGGGAUCAAAAUCAUCUGCUGUCAGUAAUUCAAGUCGUAAAGCCACAAGUGGCACCGCCUGUGGUCAUAGUAUUAUUGGGACUGAAGUGGGUGAUAAUAUUGGAGGAGCUGCUGGUGAUAGUGAAUCUUCUCAUCUUGAAGAACGAGUUAUGGAAGGAUUGAAUGAGUUACAAAGUCGUUGCAGGAACCUUAAAGAACGUGAAAAGGUGUUGUAUGAGAGAAAACAGUCUGUGGAACAAAUUAUUCAGUGGCGAAGGAAACUUGAAGAUGAGGAACGUAGACUUCGUGAUGUUGAAAGGCAGACUCAUUCUAGGCACCGAAGUACACUAGCAAAACACAUGCUUCGUGAUCGCAGCACAUCUCCAUUCCAGUUUUCAGAGAAUGGUGUAUCUUGUGUCACCGCUAACCCAAGCAAUGGAACUGCUGUUAGAGGCAUUUUGGAUAUUUCACGUAAUAGCAGAAAUAUUAUCACCGGUGUUGGAGCUAGUGCUAGUGGGAGUGCUAGUGUUACAGAGGAUAUAGACUCAAGUAUACCUGAAGAGCUUGCUGAGCAAACUAGCAAACCAAGCCUUGAAUCUACAUUAGAUGGAACACAUGUUGAACAAUAUGCUAAUGAAAGUUUUGAAUCAGAGGCAUCUGAAAUGAAAACUUUAGAAUCUCAGUCAAUGCCACAAGAUGGUUUACAAGCAGUGAACCUUAAAGAACAAAUUGUUAAGCCAACUACCAUACCAGAUUCUGACUAUGAAACAAGAUUGCCCAAAAUGUCUGAACGCACUAAUAAGUAUCCUGGAGUUACUAUAAAAGUCCCCUUGUCUCCUCGGUUGCAAAGAGUGCAACGUAGAAGAUAUUCUAGUGGAUCAGAUGACUCUAUGGUGUUGUCUCAGACAGAGACUGGUUCAGAGCAAAGUGACAUUGAGGGAAGAAUAUCAGCACUCUCAGAACAGCUGCACCAAUGCAAAGCUGAAGCAGAAAGGCUCAGAAGAGAAGCAAAGAGAACAAGAAAUGAACGAUUAAUUGCUAAAGAGCAAUCCCUUCAUAAGCAAUUACAGGCUUAUGAGUCCUACAUCUCUCAACUGCGACGCAAUCUGGAGGCAGAGCUGAAACAAUCUAGUGUGCCGAUUGUACGGCCACAAAUAAAACAACCAAGAGUGUCCCCAGGCAAGGUGGCAUCACGACGCCAAGAUGCAGAGCUUGCAACUUCUCCCGGAACAGAUCUAUCAGGUCUCCAAGCAACAAGCCCGGAAACCCCAAGAAAAGACCUUCUUAGAGAUGAAAUCGACACAGAAUCUAGAGACAUUGAGGCAGCCAGUGAAGCCAUCAGCACUGUGGUCAGCGAAGGAGCUAGUGAAAUUACAAGUGAGGCAACAAGUGAAGUGCAUAGUGAGGUACCCAGUGAGGUGCCCAGUGAAGUUCAAAGUGAAGUGCCAAGUGACGUGGCCAGUGAAGCAGCUAGUGAGGUAUCUGAAAAUAGUAGUUUGGUAUCCCAAGAUGCUCCAAGUCUUGUUGCGAUUAAGGAUUUUAAAGAAGAAUCUCACAAUGAAAACACCACACCAAGUAAGGAAGAGGGGAUGAUAGAAAGUAACAGUAAUGAUAAUGAAUCCAACUAUGAAAAUGUUUCUUUGAUGAAAUCAGAGGAAACAAACUUGCUACUGACAGAACCAUUUGACAAGACUCUAGAGCUAGACAAAGAUAUGUUGAUUCUUUCCCUUCCUGAAACUGUAUCCGCCAAGGUUCCUAAUCAAUUAAACAAUUUAGCUAUUAAUGACAAACUUAUUGUUGGUGAAUUAAAUGAUGAUAAAUGUGAUAAACGGAGUAUUGAGGGACAUGCUAACCAAGAAAAUGAAGACAUCAGUGAAGGCACAGAUGAAGCUCUGACAGACAAAGAUGUCACUGCAUCGAAUGAUCAAGUACAAAGCAAAACCAGUGAAGAAGAAUUAGAGGAUGUCAGUGAAACUCUGGAAGAUGAUCAUGGACAUGCAACAGAGAAGGCAGCUCAAACAAAUGUGAUCCGUGUAUUUAUGCGGGAAAAAGAAAAAGAAAGUUCCUCUGUAGAAGAUGGUGUUCAGUCACUAAGUAAUUUUGGAAGAAAUCGUGAAGAAAUUGUUGACCUAAUUACAAAUGAUUUAAUGAAAUAUCUGUUAGGUGAAUGUUUACGCCCACGAGCACCUUCUCAUUCACCAUCACAAGAUGCUGUAUUCAACAAAGUUGUAAAUACCUCUCUUCAUGAAGCAACUUCUGACAUAAUGAGUAUUUAUAAGAGAAGAAUGAUAAUUGCCUCUAAUCAAACUAAAGAUGUCAGACAAAGAGUCAAUGAAAUAUUGGCAGAAACAAGUGCUUCAAGUAAACUGCGAACUGAGGGACGUAUCAAGGAAAUUAUGACAACCACUUAUGGAGUCCUCUCGCCAGAAGAUUCUCCUUGCUGCUCUCCCAGUCUAUCAAACUCACCUGUGCAGAGUCUUACUCUUACAUCCCACAUAGAAGAUUCUGAUACAACGUAUAAUAAAAUGGCUGAAAACAGAGCAAUGAAAAAUGAUAUAGGAAAGGCAAGUGAAACUCCAAUGGGCUUGAUAGGGGAAAAUGCUGUUGACAGUGAGGGAUUUUCUCAGGAAUGGUUUGAUGAAGAUUUUGGCCUUACCCGUUCAAGAAGGGAAGCAGAAGAGCUACGGCGACAGCAGCUACAAAUUGAACAAGAAAUUGAGCAACUACAACAACAGCAGGCUCAGGUUCAGGAACAGAUUCCCUAUUAUUAUGUGCGAGAAAUCCCAAAUAAACCACCUCCUCCAUACACUCCACCUGGUCAAGCACCUCGUGUACUAUCAUCAUCAUCUUCCCUAGCAUCAGCUGUAGAGGAAGUACGGGCUGUUUGCACUGAUCGACCUGUCAUACUUAAAGCUAUUGCAUUGGCUGUGGAUAUGCUAUAUGAUGCUCAUUGCAAAGGAAUAGACCUGCAGAGUCAAGAAGCUCCAAGCUCCUUCAUUGAUGUUGGGUUUAAAUUAUUACAAACAUCCCAUCUCUCAGAACAAGAGCUCUCAGUUCAUAAGAACAGUGCUAAGGUGUAUAGAAAGUUUUUGUUUGACUUAGCCAAAGAGCUGGUGUUAAGUGCAUACAGUUCUGAAUCUGAAGAUCCUAAUCCACCUUGGUUGCGCCCUGAGAAUUGGGUCCGUCGUAGGAAAGCUCUUACAGUUGUCCCAAAGACAAAAGAAAUGUUGCAUGAAGUUGUUUCUCGCCAAGUUCUAGUGCUAUUUGGGUUUGUCCCAAAGGCAAGCAAAGAGAAUCUCACCAUUCGCUGGAGUAGGAAAAAGAGAGAUCAUGUUGACGAAUUGUUGGUGCGGGAAUCUCAGGAAGAAGAGCGUCAAUGGACAAACUAUGAGCAAGAUGAAGCAGUAGUGAAAAACAAUGUGGCCAUCGCCAUAUUGGACUCACUUCUUGAUGAUACAGUGCAAGUAUUGGGUGAUGUAUUUAGAAGACGAGAACAGAGACAACAUUGUGUCGUCUACUAACUUCUAGUUGAAGUCAGCUACAGUUUUAGUUAUGUUAUCCAGUUAUAGGAGGGAUAUCUAUCUAUUAUUCAUCUAUUCAAGCUGUGGAAGUAUUUAUCUCUAAUAAACAAGGUAUCCACAAAAUAAUGUCAUGUACUAUAGUUGAUGGAUUACCUUCAAAGACCGUACUUUCAACUUGUUUUAUUUGGAUCCUAUAUCUGUUUUGAAACACAUGCCA